AUGUCUGAGAAUGCCGCCGUGCCGGGCUCCGACAUCAAGCCUUGGUCUCGACCUGAACCCCAAGGGUAUUUAUUCAAGAAUGCCAACGUGGUAGAUGUCAAAGCAGGGAAAAUAAUUGAAAACGCAAUCGUGAUCACAAAAAACGGCAAAUUUCAAUCGAUUUCCUCAUCCCUGCCGGAGCCUGUUCCGGCCGACCUCACAAUCAUCGAUUGCGAAGGUCGGUACCUUUGUCCGGGGCUCUUCGACGCGCAUGUUCACCUAUGCGCCGUGCCCGGUUUCAACGAUUUAUCGAAGGCAUUUGGAAACCCAAACGACGUGCACUUGCUGCGACAGCCGUACACCGCAGCUCAGAUGCUGCAUCGAGGUUUCACCAGCAUUCGCGACUGCGGCGGCGCCCAGCUUGCCCUGAAGGAAGCUAUCGAGGAUGGUGUCUUCCCUGGGCCCCGCGUAUUCAUCUCCGGCCAUGCGCUCUCUCAAUUCGGUGGGCACGGUGAUCUUCGCUCAGCCCAUGAACAAACCGGGUGCUGUGGCGGUACCCACAGCAACAACCAUCUAGGCCGCAUGUGCAAUGGCGUACCCGAGUGCAUGGCCGCUGUGCGCGAGGAGAUCCGUUGUGGAGCCGAUUUCAUUAAGAUCAUGGGGUCUGGCGGUGUGGCAAGUCCGACUGAUCGUUUGGAACACCUCCAGUUCACAGCUUCCGAGAUCCAAGCCAUGGUCGAAUGCGCCAACAAUGCUGGUACAUUCGUCACGGCGCACGCGUAUACGAUCAAGGCAAUUCGGCACUGUAUCGAUAACGGUGUGAAGGGAAUCGAGCAUGGCAAUUUUGUGGAUGCCCCAACUGCCAAGAUGAUGGCUCACAAGGGUGUUUACCUGACCCCAACGCUGAUUGCAUAUGCUCAAAUGGCGUCGGAGCGCUGGAAGGGAUACUUGCCGCCUGAGUCGCAGUCAAAGAAUUCUCAGGUGCUGAAGUCUGGACUUGAAGCACUGAAGGUUGCUUCUGAGGCUGGGGUCACGAUGUGUUAUGGUUCUGAUUUGCUUGGUCCGCUGGGUUCUGCUCAGACACACGAGUUUGCUUUGCGGUCACAGGUCUUGAAGCCUGUCGAGAUCUUGCGCAGCGCUACUGUUAACCCUGCUAAGAUGAUGGGCUGGGAAGAUUCUAUCGGGCAGAUUCAAGAAGGCUUCCAUGCGGACGUGGUUGUUCUCAAUAAAAAUCCUCUGAAGGAUGUUACCAUUUUCGAUCGGCCAGAUGAGCACGUUUUGGCUGUCAUGAAGGAUGGCCGUAUCUACAAGAGCCGCUGGUCUACUCUUCCGGAGGACUCCGAUAUUCCUGUCAGAGUCAAGUACAACUAG